UAUUUGCUAGUUUUAAAUAGUGUUCAAGCGCUGCUCUAUUCGAAGCGGUCCAAAGAACUUGUUAGAUAUGUUAUUCGAUAAAUUCGGCGACACAGUUUUCUGCGAUAGUAUUGAAACCGAGCUGCGUGGUCCGAUGUGCUAAGGAUACUAAUUACAGUUGAAAUUCAGCGAUACAGCGAGUGGCGAUUACUAGCCGACAAAAUACAUUUUUACGAACCUUCGCUCGUCGUUUGAAUAAACAUACAACAGCUGAUCUCGUUCUGCGUUAAAAAAUGGAAGUCACAUUACUAGCGUUGGCGAUAUCAACCCUUUACAUCGUUGUUACAAGCCUGAUAGCAUAUUGGGCGAGAAGGUACGUCGAAUACUACGUGAAAGAACCCCUGGUCAAGUCUUUGUUUCUGGAAGGAAUUGCGACGGCUGAACUUUGCGGAGCGUGCUUCGAACUUAUUAUCGUGGCCGACAACUGGGGGGUGUCAGUGUACGCGAUUUACCUGUUCCUUCUGACGAUCUGGUGGUCGAUGAACUGGGGCGACGCAUCAGCUUGCCCUUAUAUUCACAUCGAGGAAGUCAUCGAGGGAAAGAAAAGUUUGCGAGUUGCUUUCCUCCUGAUAUGGGCUGAGCUUGUUGGUGGAUUGGCCGUAUUCAGAUACAUUCAGCUGCUCUGGGCCCUGGAAAUAGUACCGACACACAAGGAUAAGGCUUUCGAGGAUUGCACAACGGAUUUGCAGGUACCCGUAAUUUAUGGGGCGUUUGUUGAGUGCGUUGCAACGUGCAUUUACCGCGUAGUUUCCCGCGGCCUGGGAGAACUGAAUCCAAGGUUUAGCACCAUCAUCGAUUCCUUCAUCGGGACUUCGCUGGUUGUUGCCGCCUUCAAUUACUCUGGAGGCUACUUCAAUCCGGCUCUCGCAACCUCGUUGAAAUACGGCUGUUUGGGCACAUCCUUCAUGGAACAUGUGAUCGUUUACUGGGUCGGAGCAUGUGCUGGGUCUGUUGCUUCCAUCGCUGUCUACAAGCUGUCAGUAAUUCAGAGUAUCGUUCAGCAGCAAAAAGAGAAAAUGUUGUGAUAUCUAGAAAAUUUUGGAGUAACUUUUAAUUUUCACCUAUAUUCAAUGAAAUAGAAAAUUUUUCGAUACAUUUUUUUUCUUUAGAAUUCGAUGAAGCUCGACAGUUAGAAUAAUUUACAAGGCUCUUAUUUGGAAAGUGUGAGACAAUUCGGAGAAAUUCGCAAGAAAAUCUUGUCUCCUCUUGUAAAAAAAAAAAAAAAAAAAAAAAAAAACACAGCGAGAAUAUUUUAAAUAUUAAUUAGGUGAUCUGGCUAAAAACGUCAAAAAUCGAAGUUACAUAAAAUUGUGUACGUACUGUUGCCGACGCUUAGGCGCUUCUAGUAGCCAGCCAAUAAUUCAAGAGCAAGCGUGAUAUCUGUUUUACUAGCCUAAGGUAACACGUAUCUAGCACAAUCUUUUGGGUAUAAAUAAUUUAUCGAUAUUAGUUAUGUUAGUUUUGACGAUUAUAGCUACUACUAAAUAAUACUCAAUUAUGAAAUAUAGAUAUUAACUGCAUAUUUGCAAGAACUUUAGGAGUUAUCUUUCGAAAGGUAUUCUAUCUAUAGUUUCGCAGCUUCUUAUAUGUACUGACAAUGAGUGACAGUCCAUUACGAGUGCCUUGCAUCCGAAGUGUAUUAUGAUUUAUGAUUCAAAAAUAUGACGGGUAUCCGUCUUUCAGACGCGAUUGAUAUGAAUAGGUUACAGAACGAACACUUAAUAAAACUUACCGACAGUUACUAAUAAGUUUUGUAUAGGCAUUCAACUACUUUCAUGGUUGCAUCAGUUCAAUAAAUGCUUUAUACCAUUA